CCCUGCCGAGAUUUCGUAAUUAUUGCAAGACAGGAAUAUGCCUCCUGUUAUUUAAAUAUAGACAUAUUGGCGCUUUCUGAAUUUCAUCUCCAUUCAGAAAUUCUUCUUUUUAAUCGCCUUCCAUAAAUGUUAUUCUAUAGCAUAUACCUGGGCCAAGUUGUUAAUUCCGAUUUUGCCUCUUGAAAACAAGAAAUUUACCACCAUGACCAAUCGGGCGCACGAAGAGCUUAUGAACUCUUUGAAAGUGCUCUACGCCAAAGGUGAUUAUUCAGACCUGACGAUAACUUGCCAUGGCACGCAUUAUCGUGUACACAAAGCAGUGGUUUGCCCGCGGUCCGAAUUCUUUGCGUCCGCUUGCCGCGAGAACUCCUCUGAGGUUGCGUACAAUGAAAAGAAACUUGACCUUCCAGACGAUGAUCCCACGGCAGUUCAAAAUGUCCUUCAUUACCUCUACCACCUGGAUUAUUCGUCGACCUCACUGGACAUCCCAGACAAGUGUAACGGGUAUGUCAAUGGGGUUAAAAACCAAAAUGAGAACGAAAUAAAUUGGAAAAUCAACGGACACGAUAAAGGUCUGAUAACCGACAGCCCCGGGCCUGAAAUGGCACAUGUGGAAUCCCCGGAGGAACUAGAGACUAAUCUCAAGAAGAAAAAAAAUAAGAAGAAGGGUAAGAAAAAGGCCACGUCCACAGAACUAGCUGUGCAAGAUGAUUCGAAUGCAGAAUCAAAGGAUUCUCUACCUGGGGACCCCGAGCUAUAUGAAGGAGAAACUGUUGUACCAACUGAUGAAUCCCUGGGAUCCAUCACCAAUCUCAUCACCCACGCCAAGGUUUACGCACUAUCGAAGAAGUAUAGUAUUGAAGGCUUGAGAUUGCUUGCCCUUGGUAAGUUUCAGGACGAGAUCCGCGAAACCUGGACCAGCAACGAGUUUCUGCUUGCUGCAAAGGAGGUCUACACUUCAACCUCAUCCGAGGACCGAGAGAUAAGGGAUACGGUAACGACGUCUCUCUACAAGCACCCUGAACUUCUAGAUAUGGAGGAGACAGAGCAAAUGAUGAAGGGUCUGGACUUGGGAUAUGAUCUUUUGAUGCAUGUACGCACCAAGGGCGGGUUUUCUUGAUAAUGAUAAAGAUGGUUGAGUAGGUUGCACCAAAUGCACGCUGCGCAGGGAACGAUACAGCAUUUCAAGAUUCUUACUGGAGGGAGAAAAAACUUUUGAGCUUUUCCCUUUUAUUUUUGGCUACUCUAGUAUUUGAGUGAUUUCUAGCAUGUAAGAAUACUUGGUACUAACUAACAUCAUGACGAUCAUGACCAAAGAGCUGCUUUACACA